AUGCAAGUGCAGAUUAACUAUGCUGUCAAGAUUCACGAAGACAACCAGAGUGCAAUCGCUAUCGCUAAGAACGACGGCUAUCAAAGUCGAGCGAAACAUAUCGACAUCAGAUACCAUUUUGUGCGCGAACAGGUGAAAGACAAGAUUAUCGACCUGCAGUAUACUGAAACCAAGUCACAGCUGGCAGAUUUUCUGACCAAACCGAUUUCGACAAAGAAGUUCGAGUCGCUGCUGGACAAGGCCAGGAUCAGAGACUUCUAG